UGCUUCUCCCGGGGGUAUAAAUGACUCCGGUCUACCUUCCACGGAGUCACAGAACUGAGCGGCAUCGCAGAAGCCGACAUGAAUCCUCUGAUCGCGUGCAUGAUUGUCGGUCUGGCAGGGUUCGCCCUGGCUGAGCCGCCUGUGUCCGGUUACAGUUACAGCAGACCGUCCGGCGGUGGCGGAGGCGGUGGCUACUCCUUCGGCGGUGGCGGUGGUGGCGGUGGCGGUUACUCCUUCGGCGGCGGCGGCGGCGGCGGCGGCGGCGGUGGCGGUUACACCCAGGUGUCCUUCGGUGGUCAAACCAGCGAGGGUGCCUCCGUGGACGGCGCCCUGCUCGAGCAGAUCCGCCAAAUUCUCUUGAAGGAGGAGCUGCAAUCCCAACAGAGCGGCGGAUUCGCCGGCGGAUCCGGAUACGCGCCUAGCUCCAGCUACGGUGCCCCAUCCUCGCAAUACGGUCCCCCGUCGACGCAAUAUGGAGUUCCCGGCUACCAGACCCGUGUCGUAGGCAUUGAUCUCGAGGGCAUCAGGCAGGCCAUCCAAGUUGCCCAAUUCAACCAGAUCAGCCAAGGUCCCGGAGGCUACCCCAGCGGACCUAGCACCAGCUACGGAGCGCCCAGCAGGCCAUCCACUGGCUACGGUGCUCCGUUUUAAGGAUCAUCUUGAGUUGAGAGAGAUGAUGAGAGAGAGAGAGAGAGAGAGAGAGAGAGAGAGAGCGAGAGAGAAUGAGAGAAUGAAAUAGAGAGAAAGAGGAUGAGAGAGUUGAUAAUGGCAUCGGCCGACGACAACGACUACUUUCCGAGGCACAGCUGAAACAAAUAUAAUAUAAAAAGACCAUGAAGAAGAUCAGAUAUACUUGGAAAAAGAUCAUAGAUGUCUUCAGAUUCCCUCGCAAGUGAUACAUUCCUCGAGCUUGUCAACUCGGAAGGUCGUCGAUACCAAGAUUAGAGUAUCGAACGGAUCCGUAGUUUCGCCGCAGAUCGAGAGAAUUCAAAGACGAGACGUCGAAACCCGCCUUCGCGGUUCCUUCAGGAACUCAGUCAAAGGACAAGUCAGACGGAAACGUGCGCGAAAAGCGGAGAUGGCGAUUCGCGGGACAGCGCCUGGUCCGUUGAGGAUCAAAUAGUCGUCAACUUCAACGGGUCAGGAUCUCCCGGGAUCUCGCCGGAAGGAAGCGCACCGUCUCCGAGCAGCACUUCUUCCGGACCCUUGGCUUGUCGGGAAUCCACCGGUCGUCGCUUCGACAAGACAGGGUCCGCGGGAAUGUGAAUGUGGCCAGUUUUACUUUUCUUUUCUUUUCUUUCGGGGGAAACUCGAUCGCUUGAAAUCUUGAGCGCAGUCGGCACGGUGCCCAAGUCUAUCGUACCAAAAUCGCAUCAAUCGUCGCGGUCAUCGAUGUCAGUCGCGCGAGGAUCAGUGAUAACGUAAGGAGACAGGCGCAAUCGCUGACACAGACACACUUCACACAUUCCUGGCGAUCGUCGGGACAUUCAUAGAACAAGGAAGGAGGAGAAGGAGGAGGCCGACAAGCCGAAGACGUGAUUGGCGCGAUCAGCGCCUUGUAAAUAAAAUUAUACACAUAUGAUCGCUAUAUCGCGGCGUCCGCUGCGUAAUCCUCCUCGGCUCUUCCGGUCCGAAGAUCGAUUCGUCAACAUGAUACGAUCGAAGAUAUCAAAAGCUGAUAGAUUGGCAGAAGA